AUGUCGUCAGUACCUAAGACCAUGAAGGCUGCGCGCCUCACCAGACAUACAGUCCCAGUUCCGGAAUAUGGCGACAAUGACCUCUUGUUGAAGGUCGGCGCAGCAGGCUUCUGCCACACUGACUACCAGGUCUACGAAGGCGUCUACCAGUCAAAGCUCCCUCUGACACCAUCACACGAGCCUAAAGUCGGUCAGCGUGUCGGCAUGCUUAACCUCAAACAUGCAUGCAACAGCUGCGGGGGCUGCAGGAACUAUCGCGAAGGCGAUCCGCCUAACAUGAGGUUUUGCGAGAAUAAGGAAAUGGCGGGAGUUCAGCACGAUGGAGGGUUUGCUGAGUAUGUCGUGGCGGAUGCUGGUAGUUCGAGUCUUCUCCCUGAUGGGUUGUCCUCUGAGCAGGCUGCCCCGAUGAUGUGCGCCGGCGUAAUUGGAGUUAUCGAAAAAGAUCUACCUGUUGCUGUUAUCGGAGUCGGCGGCCUGGGACAGCGGCCAUCCAAGGGUCGAGACCUUGCCCAGGAAGUCGGACCUGAAAACCUCAGGGCUGACAAGGUCAUCAACUACAACAACAAGGAUGCUACUGAGCAGGUCAUCAAGUUCGGUGGCGACGCCGGCGGUGUUGCAGGCGUGUGCGUCCCGCUUGGUCUGCCGCCUGAUGGGUUCAAGUUCGGCGCCAUCGAUUUGGUGUUCAAGGAGCGGGUCAUCCGUGGCAGCUUGGUGGCUACGAAGCCUCUGACUGAUGAGAUGUUCAAGCUUGUUGAUAAGCACGGUGUUCGAUCGCAUCUCACUACCAUCGGCUUCAAGGAUGUACCAAAGUUGCCGGAGGUGUAUAUGAACGAGCAUCUGAAGUGUCGAUUAGUGCUGAAGAUGUAA